AAAGGUAGCCAAAGCAAGGAUGUUGGGGAUAAGAACUCAACAACAGUGGACCCAACUAUGAAUGAACUGCUGAGGUGGCUAAAAUUUUGUGAACACUUCACUGAGAGGUAACUUGUUCAGAAAACCUGCAGAGAAGACACAGAAGCAUUGUCAAAUCUGAAGGCCAAAAGAAAAGAGAAUCACUUCCAUCAAACUGUUAAAAGAGUAAGGGGAGAGAGAAAGAUUAAAAAAAUGAACUUUGAAUUUUGAAGAUUGAGUUGUAACAUAAGAGUGUGAUGGAAGGAAGAGAAAAAGGUGAAGAGAGAGAGGACAAAAGGGGUGGAUUAAUGGUGGAAAAGUUGAAGCAAAGAGUGGUUUUGGUGGGGAAAAAGGGUGGCCCUUGUACUCCACCACCCACAUGGAGACUUGAACUUCCAUCUCAGCAUAAUAGUCUUGCUAAUCACAAGGUUGAAGAAUUCCUCACCUUUCACACUUCAACUGUUUCGGCUAGAAAGCUCUGUGCCAAUCUCUGGGAACUUCUGCCCCACCAACACCCCCCACUUCCCAAAAUGAACAACAAGCCUGGAACCACCCUCCGCCGCCGUCGCCGCCGCCGUCACCGCCUCCAUCCUAAGGACACAGCUUCUGAAGUGAACAACCAAGUGGCUCAGCCCCCGGACACCCCUUCUGAUUCUGAUCAGCCAACAUCUGCUAGUAGCUUGAAAAGGCAAGUCGCUCGUAGAUCAGUUGAAAGAAAUGUUUGUGCUCUACAGCCGGUAUCUCCUUGUUACAGUAGCUCAGCAGAAGUUGCACCAUAUAAAUGUGCAGUAACUCCCACAAGCUCCAUAGACUUCAAAGGUAUGAUUGGAGAGUCAAAUGGCAACCUCAAAACAUCCACGGAAUUGCUUAAGGUUCUCAAUCGUAUCUGGAGUCUUGAAGAACAGCAUGCAUCAAAUAUAUCAGUAGUAAAAGCCUUAAAAAUGGAACUAGAUCACUCUCAAGCGCGAAUAAAGGAAUUACUACUAGAGAAGCAAAUGAAUAAGCAGGAAAUGGAGAACUUUAUAAAAGAAAUGACAGUGGACAAACUUGUUAGGAAGAACAAAGAACAUGACAGAAUUAAAGCUGCCAUUGAAUCAAUCAAGGAAGAGCUAGAAAAUGAGAGGAGGUUACGGAAGCAUUCAGAAAACUUGCAUCGAAAGCUGGCCAGGGAGCUUUCGGAAGUAAAGUCUUCAUUCACUGGCUGUUUAAGAAAUCUUGAAAGAGAGAGAAAAGCACGAAUCCUUUUGGAGAACUUGUGCGAUGAGUUUGCCAAGGGGAUAAGAGAUUAUGAACAAGAGGUACAUUCUCUUAGGCGGAAUUCUGAUAAGUGUCAGGUUAAAGGGAAUAACCUUGACAGGCUAAUACUUCAUAUUUCAGAAGCUUGGCUUGACGAGCGCAUGCAGAUGAAGCUAGCUCAAUCUGGCAGCGAUUUAAUAGAGAGAAAUUCAAUCGUUGACAAGCUAGGUUUUGAUAUUGAAACAUUUCUGCAUGCAAAACGAUCAGUUGAUUUGAAAAAAUACGGUUACUCUUCCCCGAAGGAGCUCAAGGAAAUCCACCCUUGUCAUUCAUUGGAUUCCUUUCCACUAAAAGACUCUGGAAGUGCACCUCAGAAUAUGACUCAGGAAGAUUCCAUUGACACCCACUUUUUUGAACCACAAAGGGUUGCUGGCAAUGGACUCGACAAACCCAACUCGAAACACAUGUUGUGUGAUGAUGAUGAGAGUUGCUUUGUGAAGAGGAAACCAAGUGAAAUAGAAGACAUCAAUUCUCUAUUAAAUGAAGAGGCCAAACAAAAUCCACAAGAAAGUGAUGGACCUUGGAUCCUGAGAAUGAACUCAAGUCACAGGCCUGAUAACCUGAUUGGAAACAGUUCCUUGUCAUCAGAAGGUGAUAAAGUUUAUCCUGAAAGUAUUUGCAAGGAAGAUUCUUUUGUUCAAUCUGUAGUUACUGCCAAUGCUAAUAGCCCUGCAAUACUGUGGAAAUCAAAGUUGAGUGUUUCAGAUUUUGACAAGUCUGAGUCUUCUACCAAAUUGCCUAAGGGUGUAAAGGAAAACACAUUGAUGGCAAAACUACUUGAAGCAAGAUUAGAGGGACAGAAAUCUCGCUCCAGAGCUAGCAAAAACACUUCUUGAUCAACUAGAGAAGUUUCUAAUGGAUUAAUAGAAUGUUAAAUAGUUGCAAUGGGUAAUAGGUAUUACACUAGGAUCUUUCAUCAAAUUCUCACAUGAAUCUUUUAGCUAUGUACAUGGUUAGAUGGAUGAAAAUCAGAGUUGUAUCCAUUAUCUGUAGAAGAUGUUUGAUCUGAGUGUCACCGUGCCUACCAAGCGAUCAGUGGUGAUAGUGAUUUGGGAUGUGUAGAAUUGACUUUAUUUUCCAAAAUUCCUCUAGAUAUAGCCCAGAAUAAUGACAUUGAAUCAUAAUCCCAGGGGUAGAAAAUUAGAUAUCAUAAUUUCUGUUUAUUAUUUUGUUAACUGUCUACAUUGCAUGCUGACUAACUAAUUACAAUAUGACAAACUAAGUGUAUAUUUGGAUGAAUAUUUAUAAAUUUGAGUAUGAACGAAGUUAAUUAUG